AUGGCAGCCGUCGUAGCAGCUCCUUUUCAACCACCAACAGUCAACACCGCACCAACCUCCCCAGCAUCAUCAACAUCCACCAACGAACCCGCUCCACGGCCCGUCCAGCUCUCACCAUCCGGAAUCUGGAAGCCAAAUCCAACACUCAAAAGCACAAAAAGUGCUCAGAACUUCUCACUUCCAACGGCUUUACCCACACCUCCUACUUCAGCUCCUAUAACGCCAUCAACAACUACAACUGUAGUCGCUACACCAAAGUCGACAGUGACUCCUACCUCAGCUAGACUCUCCAGUCUGACAAAACCAGCAGUAACACUCACUCCAGCCACACCGCGCUCAAUCCUCAAGCCAGGCGAUGUUCAUCCUGCCAACAGAUUACCUGCCCACUCGCCCACCUCAUCCACAUCCUCUAGCUCCCUCAACUACACUUCAAAAUACAAAUUCAAAUCCAAAGCCCAACUCCAAUCCCCACCAAACGCAAGCAACAACAAACGGCGUUCACGCGGUAAAUCUAUCAAAGAAGGCGCUUUCUUCGCAUUCGUCCUACUCCCGCUCAGCUGUUGGUAUACCCGGGGCGGGAAACGGCUAGGUGGUGGUGCCAGCGGGCCACCUCCUCCGCAAGAGGUAGAAUAUGGAUAUGGGAAUGGGGGAAAGAGAGGCGUGAUUGAGUGGGAUGCUGAUGAGGAGUAUGAUGACGAGGAGGUUCUCGCCGCGGAGUAUGAAAGAAGGGGCAGGCCAGCUACAAAUACAUUUGCUCCAUCAGCGUUGCCGGAACUGAGAAAGCCGGGUUCUAGGCUGGGGAGGAAAUAUAGUUUUGGGCAGAUUGGUGGUGGUGGUGGUGCUGCUGCUGCUGCUGGUGGGAUGAAAAGCCAGGUUAUUACAAGGAGGGAGAGUUUUAGCACGCCGGUGCCACAGGGUGUUAGUGUUGGACGGGGGAAUGGAAAUGGGAGGAGUAAUAGUUUUACGAGUGCUGGGAUGCGUGGAAGGUGGGAUGGAAUGGGAGCGGGUAUAGGCGUACCGAGGAGAGAAUUUGCGGAUUAUGGUGUUGAUAAAGGACCUGCUGCCGCGGAAGGGAAUGAGUGGGAUUUGGAAAAGGAGAGGGAAUCGGAAAGAUUGAGGCUGAGCAGGGCGAAGAGUCGGACGGGAAGUCCGGUGCCAUUGAGGAGGAGGAGAAGUGAGGUUUGA